GGAGGAGGGGGAGAGAGACUCUGAGCUGCCUCUGCCGCUGCUGCGUGGCAGUUUCUUUACACUCCCUGGCAGCUUGGAGCCGGCUCCCUCGCCGGCCUGGGAAAGUGGGUUACACAGGGAAGGAGCUCAGCUCCGACGCUGGCACAGGAGCAUCCAACCACAGAGAGACCAGGGAAGCACCUCUGCCUUUGGAAAGCACCUCAUCCUUUCUAGAGGGUUUUGCAUUUGUACUCUCUGUUGAAAUUUUGUUCCUUGGACUUUUCCCCUCACCCCUGCUAGGAUUUUAUGAGGGCUUUGUUAAGACUUAGAGGGAAAAGAGACUGAGCGAGGUGAAGAGUGGCAAAGUGGAAGGGGCCACAAACUGGAGAAGCCCGACCUGCCUGGGCGGUUGAUGACAGCCCGGUGUUAGUAAAGCCCCUCUCCGCUGCGAGCAGCGCGCACAACCCUCGGAGCACCCCGCGGACCCGCACCUCGCCUUGGCCACCAUGGUCGGGAGAGUUCAGCCUGAUCGGAAACAGUUGCCGCUGGUCCUACUGAGAUUGCUCUGCCUUCUUCCCACAGGACUGCCCGUUCGCAGCGUGGAUUUUAACCGAGGCACGGACAACAUCACCGUGAGGCAGGGGGACACGGCCAUCCUCAGAUGUGUUGUAGAAGACAAGAACUCAAAGGUGGCCUGGUUGAACCGUUCUGGUAUCAUUUUUGCUGGACAUGACAAGUGGUCUCUGGAUCCCCGGGUUGAGCUGGAGAAACGCCACUCUCUGGAAUACAGCCUCCGCAUCCAGAAGGUGGAUGUCUAUGAUGAGGGUUCCUACACAUGCUCUGUUCAGACACAGCAUGAGCCCAAGACCUCCCAAGUUUACUUGAUCGUGCAAGUUCCACCAAAGAUCUCCAACAUCUCCUCGGAUGUCACUGUGAAUGAGGGCAGCAAUGUGACUCUGGUCUGUAUGGCCAAUGGCCGCCCUGAACCUGUUAUCACCUGGAGACACCUUACACCAACCGGAAGAGAAUUUGAAGGAGAAGAAGAAUAUCUGGAGAUUCUUGGCAUCACCAGGGAGCAGUCAGGCAAAUAUGAGUGCAAAGCUGCCAAUGAGGUCUCCUCAGCGGAUGUCAAACAAGUCAAGGUCACUGUGAACUAUCCUCCCACCAUCACAGAGUCCAAGAGCAAUGAAGCCACCACAGGCCGACAAGCUUCACUCAAAUGCGAGGCUUCUGCAGUACCCGCGCCUGACUUUGAGUGGUACCGGGAUGACACCAGGAUAAACAGCGCCAAUGGCCUUGAGAUCAAGAGCACGGAGGGCCAGUCCUCCCUGACGGUGACCAACGUCACUGAGGAGCAUUAUGGCAACUAUACCUGCGUGGCUGCCAACAAGCUGGGGGUCACCAAUGCCAGCCUAGUCCUUUUCAAGCGUGUUUUACCCACAAUCCCCCACCCCAUUCAAGAAAUUGGCACCACCGUGCACUUCAAGCAAAAAGGACCUGGGUCGGUGAGAGGAAUAAAUGGAUCCAUCAGUCUGGCCGUACCACUGUGGCUGCUGGCAGCAUCUCUGCUCUGCCUUCUCAGCAAAUGUUAAUAGAAUAAAAAUUUAAAAAUAAUUUAAAAAACACACAAAAAUGCGUCACACAGGAUAUAGAGAGAGAGUGGGAGAGAGAGAGAGAGAGAGAGCGCGCGAUGGGGGGAGACUGUUUAUUUCACAACUUUGUGUGUUUAUAAAUGAAGGGGGGAAAUAUGAAAAUGAAGACGAAAAUACAACAUUGGAAACAAUUUUAAAGUCCAUCAAUAAAAAUUUGGUAUGAUCAGGGUGGGAAAAGCUCUAUCAGGAUGUGUGUAUAUCUACUAAGGAAAUGAAUGCCGUGCUAAGGACAUCCAGAUGUUGUAAAAACAGGACAAGUAAAGAAGUACCAGAUGGAGACUGACUCCCCCACGCACACUUAUCCUUCCUUCCUUCAUCUUUCGUCAUCUGUGGGGAAAAAAAUAAGGUCUUGCCUUUGGUGUUAUACUUCCAUAACUUUCUAUUGUGUUUUCCAUUCAAGCUGACCUGUAGCCAUUUCAGACUCUCCAUAGAGUCUUAUGUUCAGCCUUUUAUCGGACUCUCUUGCCUCUGCUAUCUCUCCAACUUUUGAGAUCAUCCCCUCUCCCUCCAGAGUGUUCUAUCUCCCACGCUCAUUCCAAAUAGUCCCUUUUUGCCCACCCACCCCAACUCUCUUCACCCCCUCCAACCGCCCCCUGAGCACCAAUCACGCCGCAAAUGCUAGGAAGUGCCAUUUUAAUUUUCUCCACUGUGUGCGUGUGCUCAAGUCUCUCCCUCUCACGUGGGUGUACAUGUGUGUGAGCGUGUGUGUGUCUCUCUCUAAAGCAUGCCAAGGGAAUGGUCCAUGUGUACAUAGACUCAUCGUGCUGUAGAUACUGUCCUGCAUUGUAAUUGUGAGAUGCGGCUGUAACCAGUUGCUGGGGGAGAUGGCAGGGAGGGAGGCAAGGAGCAGAGGCCUCCCCUGUCCACGCCUGUCACAUGACAUCAGUGUGUAUUCAAACCAAGUUGUGCCCCUUCCAAGGGCAGGACCCCAUAUUCCUCCCAAUCCCAUCAUCAGAAUCUAGUCAGGAGUCACUCAGAAUAUCACUGUAAAUGAAAGUGCCUACCAUUGAUGGGGUGAGCAAACAGUGGGGAAAAAAAAUUAGUGAUGGGGAUGAAAUGGCCUAGGAGAGAAGGUUUCUGAUUUCACUCUUAUUUCAUGAGUUUGAGGGAUUCAUAUGUUUUCCGGUGUUUAACAGGCUGAGCCCUGCUCUGCUGCAGGGCUGAUCAACAUAUAUUGAACAAAUCCCCAGAAACAGAAAGUGUUAUCUCCCAUCUGGAGAAUGAUGAGCCACAUGGAGAUCCUAAGCAAUCCUGUUUUGCCUCCUCCCUAACCUUCAAAUAACAUGAAUUUGCCCCAUGGAUCCCCCUGAGCAGAGAUUGUUUCCUCUUUCAGAUCAAUACAGUGAGAGUGAGCAAGACAGGCAAAGUAGACAGAUGCCCAAAUCCCAUCCCAUGUUCUGAAGAUACUGUCAGAGCAUUAAGAAAAAACAUUGGCUAUACCAAAAGGGAAUUCAUUCCUUAAGAUCCUUUGCAGAUUUUUGUUCUGAUGUUCUUGGCUAACUCUUGAUUUAGCCAUGCAUGUCAUCCCCCUGCUGCUGUUCCACUGAUAUCUGUAGGACCACACUUUUUUUUUUUUUUUUGGUACCAAGGAUUGAACCCAGAGGCACUUAACCCUGAGCCACAUCCCCAGCCCUUUUAUUAUAUUUUAUUUAGAGACAGGGUCUCACUGAGUUGCUGAGGCUGGCUUUGAACCCCCAAUCCUCCUGCAUCAGCGUCCCAAGCCGCUGGGAUUACAGGUGUGUGCCACUGUGCCUGGCUGUAGCACCACUCUUCUUGAUGAUUCAUCAUUAUCCUAGACCAGACCACUAGAAAUUGCAUUAUAUUCACCUUUCCUGCUCUAUUUAAAUUUAUGUCUCUGAGAAUCAUCUGGAUAUUCACACUGAAAUAAGAGCUCAUUUCUUCACCAGAAGAUCUGAGCAACUUGUAAUUAAUUUAGGCAGAAAGUGUCUGAAUACCACAAAGCUUGGCAUUACCGCAUCACCAUAGGUCUUACAGGGAGAGCUGGCACUCUGCAUAUAGACUUCUUUGUCUACAUGAAACCAACUGCUGUUCUGUUAGACUAUAGGAUGCACUGGAAAUGGUCAGCUCAUGACGGGGAAGAGGAUUAUUGUUGAGGUCAUUAUUGAAAGCAAUCCCACAGAACAAAUGUGGCAGCUCAUCAAGUUUUCAAAUCUUGAUAAUAGCUGAGACAUGAUAUUAAAUGAAAAACUUCAUUAGCAGAAAGAGGAAGGAAGGAAAGAAAGAGAGAAGUAGGGAGAGAGAAGGAAGGAAGAAAAGAAGGGAGGGAGGGACAGAUCUGAGAAUAUUUAAAAAUCUCUUCUAGGUGGUUCUAUGGUUUGUUUUGGAUGCAUAUCACAUUCUUCUUUUAGGAUUUUGCUGUUUAGAAUUGAAAACAGAGGACAAAUUGGACAUGGCAGUAAGAGUACUUAUGGCAGAUCGUGAGAUAGGACAGAAAUUCUUAUCCAAGAAGGCAGCUAGUCAAAUACAGGGAAAGCGAGCCAUACUCCUAUGCAGCAUCAAUUUAUUGACAAUCAGGGAUUUCUCUAACAGUUUGGUCUUCUUUGUACAGGAACAAAGGUUAUUACCUUUGAUGGUUGAAGAAGCUGUCAUACCCUUAAGUAGAAACCAAGAGAGCACAUGGUGAUUGAAAGAUACAGGAAGAGAAAAAGAGCAGGAAUUGAUUUCAGUACCAUUCAUUAUCAGUUUCAGGAACAGAGCCUGUGGCAUAUUACAAGCUUUAAUGCCCAGCAGGCCUUUUUACUGUUUCUACCUUAUCAUAAGGACCAGGUUAGUGGAAGGAGCAUGUCCAUUGGAAGAAAUGUCUUGGCCAUUGCUCUCUUGGUUUUUAACAUGGUGGACCAUAAAUUAAACAUACAUUUUCAAAAUAUGGUAUUUGCCUAUAUCUAGCAGGAUCUGGGAUUUGCAAAACUUUGCUACUUGCUCCUCUUUCAUCAUUGGCCCUAGAAAUCUCAUAAGUUUAACAAUGUCUCUAAGUAACUUGGGGAAUGGAGGGAAAGAUAGAUUGGAGAAAGUCUCAACACAAGAUUUCUUGGAAUUGAGUUCAUCAUAUUGCCAUAACUUCCUCCCUCAACCCCCAGCAUCUUGUCCUUUGAUAAUCAAAGCACUGAAAAACACCAAUUAUUUGGAAAUACCAUAUUGAGAGAAGUGGAAAGCAUCUAAUAAUGUUAAUGGCUAAUACAUUUUGCAUGCUUUUCAUACAAAGUGAAACUCUACCAUUCACAAAAUAAGAUCCUUAGCCCCAACUUUCAGUGAUGUGGAAAUUACCUUGACCCAGGGACUUCUUGAAGGAUGAGAACUAGCCUAGGUUUCACAACUGCAGAAUUGUAAUUAGACUCUCUGUUCAAUUCUUCAUCAAGAGGCCUUGCUUUAUUGGAGGACUUUUUUGGUUUUGUUUGUUUAAGAUAUAAAAUCCCUCUGUCCUAAAAGAACUAAGGCAUAUGGAAAAGUGGAUGUGUUUUCUGUUGGGAAGGAUUGUUCUAUCGGCCUUUUCCAGAAGAAUUCUUGAACUUGAACUCUCCCUUGCUAUGGGCUUUUUAAAAAUAAUAAUAAUAAUAAUAAUAAUAAUAACAAUUAUUAUUAUUAUUAUUAUGUGAUCAGACAACUGGGGCUAUUUAUAGAGACCUUGUAAAAGUACUCGUGAUUUUCAUGUUCUUGGAGGGCAGAAAUAAAAAUCUGUUUCCCCUCCAAAAAUGGACUUACCUCCUUUGCACAUAAAGACAAAACUCCUCAGCAUAAAAUGAUUUGAGUUGUUACCCACCAAGUUGUUAACCUUCUUAUCUAGAGUUGCAGGCACAAUCCUGAACUGAUUAGGGCUCCACCAUUUCUCUGGGUUCGUCUCCCUGAAUUCCUCAUUUUGUUCUUUGCAGGCUUUGAAUUAUUUGUGGAAAAAUAAUAUAUGUGUGUAUGUAUUUUUUUAAUCUUAUCUUUACAGAUGCUAUAUUUACAAUAAUGUAUGUAUUAUAAGAAAAAUUUAGAAUAACAGCUUAAACUUAAAAGAAGAAAGUGCAGAAUUUGGUUUAUUUAAAGAAAAAAAGAGCUAUGUUUCAUAAGGAAAGGCAUGGAGACCCAUUUUUUUCCCACUUUUAAAUUGUUUGCUGACAGAUCAAAUACUAUGGGAAUAACCAUGUCCUCAUUUUUUUCUUCAUCUUUGUAAGCUUUUAGCCUGGAUUUAGUCUUGGUCCCCAGUAAGUAUCAAUUUCUACAGCGAGUGUAAUGCUGUAUCUGGCCUAAAAACUAUUAAACAUUUUAAGACAAAUAAGCAGACCACAAAAAUAGUGAGAUAAGACCCUGAGUUAAGAAGCACAAAUCUAGUUUAGGAAACCCCAUUCUUUCUUCAGUAUUUAAAAUAUUUCUCCUCCAAAGACCAAUUGCCCCAGUAAUGUAAAUUUUCCAUCAUGGUUGGCACCCUAUCCAUAAACAUCUCACUAAAUGCAAAAUGGAGUUUACAUUUAUGUGCAUACUAGUGGAGGAGAAGUAAACUAUUCUCAUUUGCAUUUAGCUAUGCUGUUCAAAUGUCGCCAACUGAAAUUCAAAAAAGAAUUUGUUUUCACCCAGCAAAGUACAUCACUUUCCUCUUGGCAAGGAAGCUGGUGUUAACAUUAGGUUUAGGUUUAACAUUUACACCAGCGAAUGUUUAUGGAUAUUGUGGGAAACGUAUUUUAAAAUCUUGAUUUCUUUUCAGCGCAUUUACAUACUGUGUGCUGAUUAAUAAAUUAGGGACCAAUCAUGUGUAAAUCAAUGUAAAUCACUAGUUUAUGUACAUAAUACAAACGAUGUAAACUUCAUUUUUCAUGCAGAGGCCAAGUUCAGCUAAACCCAUAAAUGUUAAAGGAAAAAAAAAUCAAAUAAAGUAAAACCAAAGCAAGUCACAGGUCAAAAUGGGAAGAAGUAGGAACAGAAUGCCCAAACGCAAGGUUGUCUCAGCCAAAGGAAAUAGAGGACAGGGGCACCUACAGGUUUCCAUGAUGAUGCAGUCACAGUUACGGGUUACCUUCUUGUUCCUUCAAGACGUAAGUGCAGAUUCUCCCAGCUGUCACCAUCAUUUUCUCACGGGAUCCUCCAGCAAGGGAGUAAAGAGUAAGAGAGUGUUUGAGGGCUCCUGGGCCUAUUUCAUCAGCUCUCAGGCAUCUGGUUAUUUCUCCCUCACCCCAAAUCCAAGGAAGUCAGCCAUACCUUGGUGAGCACAAUACUACCCAGUUUCUGUUACCCACUCAAUAAAAGCAUUGGGAAAGCUUCUCUGUCAUCUGAAUUCUAAUAAAUUGUUAGGUAGAAGAAAUAGGUGACAUCCUUGAGAAAUAUCUUGGUGAGUCAUCUUCGAAAAAAUAACUGCCUUUGCUUUAUCUAAUACUCUUGUGUUCCAACACAUCUAUACUGAAUUCUACAAAUAAAGGACAGAAUCACUUCAUUUUGGAGUCUCUCUCUCAGGCAUUAUCUCUUACAGUCUUUCUGAUGUGCCUGAUGUGUUUAACAGAAAUAUAUAUAUAUAUAUAUAUAUAUAUAUAUAUAUAUAUAUAUAUCCCUUUCCUAUAAUCUGAACAAUUGGUAGAUUACAGAUCCCUAAAAAAAAAAAAAAAAUGACUUCAGGAACCACAUGAAUGUUCUACCAGAACUGUUCUUGAAAGAAAUUUAGGUCACAUUAACAUGAGACUCAAAGUGCUCUCUGCCUCCUAAGAUAAGUGAUAACUUGAAAGUAGAGGUGUAUUGGAUUGGGAGUCAGGAAAAUUGCUCUGUAAACCGAGGUCUAGUCAUAAAAGAGCUGUAUGACACUAGCAAGCCAUUUAACUUUCCUGAAUCUUGGUCUUCUCACCCUGAAAGUGAGGUAUUUGAAUGACAUCUUUAGAAUCCCUUUUGCCUCUAAACUUGGAUCCUGAAUAAGAAUUUAAUACUCAGUGCUGUGCUCACCUAACCGUUCGUUCUAAGCUGCUGUUUGUCAUCUCCAGUUUGAUCUCAUAACCUUCAUCCUAGCAUCUCCAUUUCAAAAUCUAAAACUUUCUAGGGAACAGGGUCUCAGGACUGACUCUAUAAUCCUCUUCUGACCAAAACUUCUUAGUGAUCUAGAGAGGUGAUAUAUUCAGAAUAAACUGAGGGCUUUGAAAUAGCUAGGGCUGUUUCCUUGUUUAUAAUAUUAUAAAAUCUAACUGUUGAACUAUAUCCUAAUGACCUUUCAUAGGAAGGAAAAUAGCCAGAUUGGGCAUUAUGCAUGUAACAAAUGAGGAAGUUGUGCAUAUGAAAGGAAACAUCGGUUUUCUUUCAUCCUGGGCCAAGCGCCUCAUUAUAGUAAACGUGUGUCCUUGGAAACUCUUGGCUUGUGCUGAUGGCAGUAAGCAUGUGGUCUGAGGCAAGUUCAAUAGGCUGGUCUGUGAGAAACAGACAAGACAAUACAUCUUUUUUGGGAGAGAAUUUCUCAUGGGAUGAGUUUCCUGAACUUGAGUUACAAGCUGUGAAAUCAGGCAGGUGGAUGGAGAGCAAACAGGCCUCGUUUUUUUAAAAAGUACAGGUCUGUGCUGUUUAAAGAAGAUAAACUGAAAAUAAGACCAAAAUAAACACAUUUUGAAAGGCCACGGUUGAAGACACAAAAAGCUGUCGUAAAAGCGGAAAUCAAAUGUGAAAGUCAAGCUCUCUGAGAAGAGGUUUUACAGGAAGGAUGGUUUUUGAGGCAGUGAAGGAGGAAUUAUUUUCUUGUGCCAUGUUGUGGGGUGGACUGAGCAUAGCCUCACUUAUCCCAAACUAUCCUAGACGCUCAGCUUAGCAUCUGUCCAAAGUGAUCUUUUCAUUUAAUGCCUGAAAGAACUGAAGGAAUUUGAGUGUCCCGGCACUGAAGAGCAGGAUUUAUUCAUGAUUUUCCAAGUGAUGCACUAGCAUCACUUGGUGUAGCUAAGGAUGUAUCGGGACUUAAGGUACUCAUGAAGCUCUCUUGAAGUGGGAAUAACCCCCAUCCCCCACCCCUGCUCCCAUCCCUUGGCCCACAGGACAACUCCCCAUUUCCACAGUUAUGUCACAUUUACCUCUUUUGGGUGGUGCUCCUGAAUCCACUCCUACAGCUAUACUCUUCUUUGAAUAAGCCCUCUCUAUGUAAAGCCAGGCACAGUAAAAAUCUGCUUCUUGCAAAUGAAGAAAACAUUUGGAACCACUAGCUUCAGGAACUGAUCCCAGGAUAUCAGGAGUCUUUUAUGAACCCACUUCCCUAAGUCUUGAGAAUGUGAAUGGUUUCUUCCUGGCAAGUUGUGGCCAAGUUCUGCUCCCUAAGUAUUCACUGGGAGGGAGGAGGCUGAAGGGAGGAGGUUGCAGGGGGAGAGAAGCAGAGGAUACCUCCAGCCUCUUCUCCUCACCCUGCUUCAUCCUUUCCUUCUCUCUGCUCUACUGAAGGGUGUAAAAAUCCUGCCCUUGGUUAGAAUUCUCCUUAUUAACAGUGUUAUAUACAUAUAAAUAUAUAUAUAUAAAUAUAUUCCUUUUUUCAGCCCUGUAGACAUGAACUGAUCUUCCCUUGAUGAUACAAACACAUGGCCAUUUUUUGGUUUGGGUUUUUUGUUGCUCAAGGUAUUUUAUUUUUGUUUAUUGGGUGGAUUUUUUUCCCUGGAUACUAGCUCUGUGAAGGAAAAUAAAAAGCGCAGUGUGUGUUUAAAAUAAUCAAAAUUAAAAAAAAGCUUUUUUUUUCUUUUCUUUUUAAAUGUAUUUAAAUUCUGUUUCUCUCUUCUGUUACUUUACACGUAUGAAUGCUCUGCUCUUCUGUGAACUUAAAACAAAAUGAAAUAAACGUGAAAAGGAGA